CCCAGGAAGAACGUGAUUGGCGGGUUGAAAGUGGCGGUUUUUGGCUGAGCCAGAGGUGGGCGGGCUAAAUCUUGGGUCCUCAUCUGGUGCGGUCCCGCGUUAAUGACGUCACGUUGUUUCGCGGGAGAAAUUCGAAAGUGGAUUUUGUGGAAUUUGACAGGUGGUAUAAAUAGUUGAAUAACUACUUCCUAUUUUCUGUACCUGCGGUUUAUAACUUCAGAAGAAAUGAUGGAAAGCCAAGAAUUUAUUGUCCUAUAUACUCAUCAGAAGAUGAAGAAGUCAAAAGUGUGGCAAGAUGGAAUUCUGAAGAUCACUCACUUAGGAAACAAAGCAAUUUUAUAUGAUGACAAAGGAGCAUGUUUGGAGAGUCUGUUUCUUAAAUGCCUUGAGGUGAAACCUGGAGAUGACUUAGAAAGUGAUCGAUACUUAAUCACAGUUGAAGAGGUUAAAGUUGCUGGAGCCACAGGUAUUGUUAAGCAGAAUAUGAAUAAAGAAGCACCAGAGUUAAAUUCAAGGACAUUGAUAUCCUCUGGCCGAUCUCUUGGAUGUCAGCCCUCUGGCUUAAAAAGGAAGUUUACUGGUUUUCAAGGACCACGUCAGGUUCCAAAGAAAAUGGUUACUACGGAAAGCAGUGAAUCGGCUGCAUCACAUGAAGCUCAGAAACCUGGCCCUACUUUUUUUUCUCCAUUCUACAGCAUGCCUCCUUUGUUUCCUACUGUUGGCAAGAAGGAUGUAAAUAACAUACCAGCAGACCCUGAGAAUGUUGUGACUUACAAGAACAGAGAGAGAAAUGCCAUGGAUUUUUCUUCAGUUUUUUCUCCAUCCUUCCACAUUAACUCAGAAGUGCUAUGUGAAGAAAAUUAUUUUUGCUCUCCUAUGAAUUCUGGAAGUAAACUUUCAGACUCUUUACUGACCAAUGAGCCUGUGAAAAGAGAUAGUUUGGCAUCCCACUGUUCAGGAAUUUCACAAAACAUCAGAAGCAAAGCACAGAUAUUAGCUCUUCUGAAGUCCCAUUCAACUGGUACAUGUGAGGAACUAAAUUCUGAGAUAACAGAGCAUUUUCCUCAAAAACAACCACAUAGAAGUUUAAAAAUUGCUACUAAAUCAAAGUAUGUAAUUCAACAGGAAGAGUGUGCUGAGAUGAAGAGCACAGACAAUUUAUACUCCCAGCAUCAAUCAGAAAAUACCAUGAGAAGUAAAAGCCAGUGGGCCAUGUAUUUAUCCUCACAAAGUUCACCUAUGGAUUUUUCUACUGAAGAUGGGCAUGAUACAGAAAGGAAACCCAGGGCUCAGGAAGAUGAUAUGAAUUCUAAUUUGAAAGAUCUUUUGUUACAAAAAAAGAUACAGUUCUUUGAAACAUGUGCUGAAGAGGGGAAAAAGUGUAAUAUAGACAAGUCAGUGGGUAAUAAUGAUCAAUCCUGGAAUCAAGAAGUAAAAUUAGAAAUUCCUUCAUCCAGCGAUGGCAGUGGCUUACAGGUUACCUGUAAAAGUGCAGAAAAUGAUGGUACAUUAUCAGAAUCAGACAUUCAAGAAGAUAAUAAAAUACCUUUUAAUCAAAAUGACAAGGUGUGCAUUAAAGGAUCAGUUCUUGUCAAAGAAAAUGAUCAGGAGGUAAAUACAUGUGGAACACUGGAAAAGGAAUGUGAACAACCAGAGUCAUCUCUGCCAGAACCAAAACAUCUCCAAACUGAAUCUAGUAAUAAUGCUAUGAUCUCUGAUGACAUUACAGACAUGUUUUCUAAAAGUAAAAUGGAUAAUGAAAAUCUUAAUAGUAUUCAUGAAUCGCUGAGUAAUGUAACACAACCAUUUUUGGAGGUAACUUUUAAUCUGAAUAAUUUUGUAACCAGUGACACUGAAGAGGAGUCACAGGAAAGCAAAAAAAUUUCCCAGGAUUCAGAGAGCUGGGUAAAGGACAUUUUGGUUAAUGAUGACAAUUUAUGUGUUCAAAAGAGGUCUGAGAAUACAAACUCUAAAGAGAUUGAGGGUGAACAUUUGCCACUCUUGACAUCUGUUGGUGGCAAACCUACAGAGACAUUUCCUAUUAAAGAGACUCUGCCAUCACAGUUUUGUGAUAAAACUUUUGAGGAUUUUGACAUGGGAAUUUGUAAAGCUGGAAACACUGGAAAAGAAAUAGAGGGGUAUAGUGACACAUUGAGCAAUUCUGAAUCUUUUGAGUGGACUGAUGAUGUAUACAUAGGUAACAAAGAAGAUGCUAAUAAAUGUAUUCAAAAAGUCAGAAUUAACUAUGACUCUGCUUUACUCCCAAAUAAAUCUAAAGAUACAAACAUGAAUUCACAUAUUCCUCAUAUUCAAAACCAGACUGCUGAAAACAGUAACCUAUUUUCAGAAGAUGCUCAAUCUCAUCCUUUUAUUUUGGAAAGUGACCUAUUAGACAAAAAUGAUGAACAUGUUUUACCAUCAACUUCUAGUAGUGACAACAGUGUCCAACUAUUAAAUACCAAUCAGAAUCACUCUGAUUGUAUUACACUUGAUAAAUCAAAUACCCACAUUUUCAAUUCUUUGUUUUACCCACUGGGAAAAAAUCAUCUUAUUUCCAAAGACACAGAACCACAUAAAUCUGAACCUGAAGAUUUGGGAAAGAUUAUCAGUCUACCCCCUAACCAUAUUGAAGUUGAAACUUCCGGAGAGGACAACCAAUACUGGAAUCCUAAAAAUUCUUCAAAACUUUCUGGAUUAGUAAAUACCAUUUCCAUUUUAAAGUCACUAUCUGAACACAGUACUGCUUUAGACAGCUUGGAAAUAUUGAGAAAGAAAAAUACUGUCUUCGAACAAGGAACUCAACACACAUAUGAGCCAGAUAGCAGUCCUGAAGUGAGGAAACCAUUUACUACAGUAGCUUCACGAAAGUCUCCUCAUCUGCACAAGGAUUCUCAACAGAUACUAAAAGAAGAUAAAGUUGAACUAAGUGAACCACUUCAGACUUUGCAGUUCCCUUCCUUGGGAAGUAAAGAAGAGACUGCUUUUCUAGCUGUUAUUCCUAAACAAACAGAGAGGAAAAUCUGUGAUCUUAAGCCUGUUGAGUUUCAAGGACAUCAAGUAAAAGGAUCAGCUGCUAGUGGUUUAAUGGUCCGAGGACACAGCUCACAGCUGGGAUGCAGUCAGUUUCCAGAUAGCAUUGAGUAUGAAAACUUCGUGACAGACACUUGUUUUUUGUCACCAAAGUUACCUAGCAUGUGUAUGCAGAUUGACUUCUUGCAGGUGACAUCACCAGAACAAAACAUCUGUACAUUGAGCCCUGUUUCUACAUUUUCUUUGAACUCAAGAGAUGAAGACUUCAUGGUUGAAUUCUCUAAGAAGUCCCUGAAAGCAAGAACUUUACCUGAUGAUCUUCAUUUUCUCCACUUGGAGGGACUGAAAAAAUCCAGUUCUCUGGAGAAUGAGAACCUUCAAAAGCUUUCAUUAGUAAGUAGAACCCAGGUUCCACUUAUUACUUUGCCACCUACUGAUGGACCACCUGACUUAGACUCUCAUUCAUAUAUGAUCAACUCUAACACAUGUGAGUCUUCUGGUUCCCCCAAGCUCAACUUGUGUGAAGAGUCAGCAGUUCUUUCUUUUAGUGUUGAGCCUGAGGAUCAUAAUGAAACCUCUUUCUGUGGAGAAUCUAGGGAAGUGACUCUAGGGGAUGUUUCACUUCUCACCAAUAUAUCUACUCAGAGCAAGUGGCUGAAAUAUCAAAACACAUCCCAAUGCAUCGUGACUACUCCAGACAGAGUUGAUAAGAGAAUGACCAAUGGCUUCUUUGCCGAGGCUAUUUCUGGGAUGCAUUUUAGAGAUACAAGUAAAAGACAGAGCGAUGCUAUCAGUGAAAGCUCUUUAGACUCUGUGCAUUUGCAAAUGAUAAAAGGCAUGCUCUGUCAACAGCAGCAGGAUUUUAGCAGUCAAGAUUUGGUUUCCAGAAAGAAAGUACUUUCUCUGAAUUUAAAGCAGACUUCUAAGACAGAGGAAAUUAAAAAUGUAUUAGGAGGGUCUACCUGCUACGACAGUGUAAAGGAUUUACAGGUGAGGAAAUGUACCAGCCUUGUAAUGCAUUUUUCCAAAAGUUAUUGUCUGAAUUUCAAACAUCUAAAUAUAUUGCUGUUUGGAUUAGCACAAAACUUGCACAAAGCUCUCUCAAAAGUUGACAUAUCAUUUUACACAUCGUUGAAGGGAGAGAACCUGAAAAAUGUAGAAAAUAAUGUACCAUUCUGUCAUCAUAGUCAACCUGCAAAACUUGUCAUGGUUAAAAAGGAAGGUCCAAAUAAGGGUCGUCUCUUUUAUACAUGUGAUGGACCCAAAGCUGAUAGCUGUAAAUUCUUUAAAUGGCUUGAGGACAUGACUCCAGGAUAUUUAACACAGGAAGGAACUCGACCUGGCAUGGUUUUAAGUGACAUUAAGAGUAUUGGCUUGUACUUAAGAAGUCAAAAGAUACCACUCUAUGAGGAAUGCCAGCUUUUGGUGAGAAAAGGAUUUGAUUUUCAGAGAAAACAGUAUGGCAAACUAAAGAAGUUUACUACUGUAAAUCCUGAGUUUUAUAAUGAACCAAAAACCAGACUUUAUCUUAAGCUGAGUCGAAAGGAAAGUUCUUCAGCUUAUAGCAAAAACGACCUUUGGGUGGUUUCAAAAACCCUAGACUUUGAGCUGGAUACUUUUAUUGCGUGUAGUGCUUUCUUUGGACCAUCAUCUAUCAAUGAGAUAGAACUACUGCCUUUGAAAGGCUAUUUCCCUUCUAACUGGCCCACCAACAUGGUUGUCCAUGCGUUAUUGGUUUGUAAUGCUAGCACAGAACUGACAACUUUGAAAAACAUUCAGGACUACUUUAAUCCAGCUACUCUACCUCUAACACAGUACCUGUUAACAAUGUCUUCGUCAACUACAGUCAGCAACAAAAGAGUUAGUAAGAGAAAAUUUAUCCCACCAGCCUUCACAAAUGUCAACACAAAAUUUGAACUACUCAGCCUAGGAGCAACAUUGAAGUUAGCUAGUGAGUUGAUUCAGGCACACAAGUUAAACAAAGAUCAAGCUAUAGCUCUAAUUCAGAUAGCUCAAAUGAUGGCAUCACAUGAAAGUGUUGAAGAAGUGAAGGAACUGCAAGCUCAUACCCUCCCUAUCAUGAUCAUACAUGGUGUGUUUGGAGCAGGAAAGAGUUAUUUGCUGGCAGUGGUGAUUUUGUUCUUUGUACAGCUGUUUGAAAAGAGUGAAGCUCCCAACACUGGAAAUGCAAAGCCAUGGAAACUUCUGAUUUCUUCUUCUACGAAUGUGGCUGUUGACAGAGUACUUCUUGGGCUUCUCAGUCUUGGAUUUGAAAACUUUGUCAGAGUUGGGAGUGUUAGGAAGAUUGCCAAACCGAUUUUACCUUAUAGCUUACAUGCUGGCUCAGAAAAUGAAAGUGAACAAUUAAAAGAACUACAUGCACUAAUGAAAGAAGACCUGACUCCUACAGAAAGAGUCUAUGUGAGAAAAAGCAUUGAGCAGCAUAAACUGGGGACCAAUAGAACCCUGCUGAAACAGGUUCAAGUAGUUGGAGUUACCUGUGCAGCCUGCCCAUUUCCAUGCAUGAAUGAUCUUAAAUUUCCGGUAGUUGUGCUGGACGAGUGUAGUCAGAUAACUGAACCGGCCUCUCUCCUUCCCAUUGCAAGGUUUGAGUGUGAAAAACUGAUUCUUGUUGGGGAUCCCAAACAGCUACCUCCUACUAUUCAGGGUUCUGAUGCAGCUCAUGGAAAUGGAUUGGAACAAACUCUUUUUGAUCGACUUUGCUUAAUGGGUCACAAGCCAGUUCUGUUGAGAACUCAAUACCGUUGUCACCCUGCAAUCAGUGCUAUUGCUAAUGAUAUGUUUUAUGAAGGAAAACUCAUGAAUGGUGUGACAGAAAUAGAGAGGAGCCCUUUAUUGGAAUGGCUACCAACCCUGUGUUUUUAUAAUGUUAAAGGACUAGAACAGCUAGAAAGAGAUAACAGCUUUCAUAAUGUGGCAGAAGCUGCUUUUACACUCAAGCUGAUUCAAUCACUGAUUGCAAGUGGAAUAGUGGGCUCUAUGAUUGGCGUGAUAACAUUAUACAAAUCCCAAAUGUACAAGCUUUGUCAUUUACUCAGUACUGUAGACUUUGACCAUCCUGAUAUUAAAACUGUGCAGGUGUCCACAGUAGAUGCUUUUCAGGGAGCUGAAAAGGAAAUCAUUAUUUUGUCCUGUGUAAGGACAAGACAAGUAGGAUUCAUUGACUCAGAAAAAAGAAUGAAUGUUGCAUUGACCAGAGGAAAGAGGCAUUUGCUGAUUGUGGGAAAUUUAGCCUGUUUGAGGAAAAAUCGACUGUGGGGACGUGUGAUCCAACACUGUGAAGGAAGGGAAGAUGGAUUACAACAUGCAAGCCAGUAUGAACCACAGCUGAACCAUCUUCUUAAAGAUUAUUUUGAAAAACAAGCCAAAGAAAAACAGAGGAAAAAGAGUGAAAAAAGAUAAAUAUCAUUCACAAAAGGCAUGGUAUAAAUAUUUUGUAUUUAUGUAAAUUCAGACUCAUUUUACACUAUUUUUUAUUAUUUAUUACUCUAAACUAUUAUUAAAAAUGCUUUAUGAUAUUUAAAUAACAUA